CAGAAAAGCGUGCUUCGGUGUCUGCGGAAACGUGUUCAUUCGAUUAAAGUGUUUUUGCUUACUUAUAAAAAUUAAUAAUUCAUGUGAACAAAUUGAAAAUUUAUAAACACAAAUAUUAAUUUAGAAAAGUGCAAGUAACGCGGUUUUUGAAAUAAACCUCUACCACGCUUCCACCUGCAAUUGUUGCCGCCUGCAGAGCUCUCAUCAACCCGUAGGUAAUGACUAGCAGUACGAGUCCCAGAAUUGUGAUUAUCGGCGCAGGUGUUUCUGGAAUUUCCUGUGCUGUUCGACUACUGGACUUCGGUUUUCAAAAUGUGCUGCUACUAGAAGCUGAACCGCGCAUUGGCGGGCGGGUGCACACCAUACCGUUUGGCGAAAACGUCAUUGAUUUGGGAGCGCAAUGGUGUCAUGGCGAAAAGGAUAAUAUUAUCUACGAGUUGGCAAAUAAACAUAAGCUACUGGAAUCGACGAGGGAUGUUUAUGAAAAUUAUAAGUGCAUCCGCUCAAAUCGAGAGGUAGUUUGUGAAAGUAUUAGCCAGCGGCUGAAAGAUAUCGUCAACGAUAGUUUAGUGACACGACAAAUGGAAUUACGGAACUGUAAUGGUUCAUUGGGCAGCUACUUAACUAAUAAAUUCUAUGAGGCUUUACGUAGACCAGAAAACUCGGAUAUCGACAUGGCGAUAGCGAAAGAGUUCUUUGAAAAUUAUCAAAAAUUCGAAAAUUCAGUGGAGGCCUCAGAUACGUUAGAUGAGGUGUCGGGUCGUGGCUAUUUGGAAUACUGGGAAUGCGAAGGCGAUAUUUUACUAAAUUGGAAGGAUAAAGGAUUCAUUGAAUUUCUACGUUUGAUAACAGAAGCGCGCGAGUUGGGUAAUGAGUUGGGCGUGCUGGAAAAACGCGUGCUGCUGGGGCGAAGCGUAACGCAAAUACGCUGGAAUCGCAAUGAUUGCUGUGUGGACAUUAAGUGCAAUAAUGGCGAAGUGAUUAUUGCCGAUCAUGUCAUACUCACCAUGUCGCUGGGUGUGCUCAAGGAACAGCACACAACACUGUUCGAACCAAAGUUACCAGUGGAGAAGCAACGUGCCAUCGACGGUCUGGCCUUUGGCACUGUGAAUAAGAUUUUUAUGGAAUUUCCCGAAAAAUUUUGGCCUGAUGACUGGACUGGUUUCACGCUGUUGUGGCGCGAGGAGGAUAUCAAUGAAAUACGCGGCACUUCACGCGCUUGGCUUGAGGACGUAUUCGGUUUCUAUUGCGUUAGCUAUCAGCCAAAGAUACUAAGCGGCUGGAUAAUCGGCGCCAAUGGACGUCAUAUGGAGACUUUACCGGAGGAUGAGGUGCUUGCGGGUUGCAUGUAUUUAUUUCGUAAGUUCCUAGAAUGGGACAUACCCAAUCCGAGUAACUUCAAGACAUCAGCCUGGCAUACGAAUGCCAACUUCCGUGGCUCUUACUCAUUUCGCUCCAUGUACACCGAAGAGGUGGGCACAAGCGCACGCGAAUUGGCGCAACCGCUCACCGUCGUUACGAGCCCGCCGCUAAGUAAUGGCGGUGAGUCGAAUGCGAAUCCACUCUAUCCACAAACACGUUGUGAUAAACCGAUCGUACAAUUUGCCGGUGAAGCGACCAGCGAUCACUACUAUUCCACGGUACAUGGCGCAGUGGAGGCGGGCUGGCGUGAAGCGAAGCGUUUGGCGGAUUUCUACGGCAUGCCGCGAAAUGGCACAAAAGAGCCGAAAACGAAGGCACAAUUAUAACAGUUUUAGGACUUUGAACGCCAGCUAAGAGUGAUUUGAGAAGGAGUGUGUACGAAAGUACCCACAACUCAUAAAUGACUCUCUGCAGUUCUGUAGGCUUUCAAAGUCCUGAAUAUGCAAAUUGAAAAAUAUAAAUCUAUAAAAUUUUCCGAUGUAUAUCCCCCGCUUAAAAUAUUUAAAUAAGUAAUUGCUAUUUACUAAAGACAUGCUUGCAUUAGGCGGUAAUUUUGAAACACAAUUAAGCUUCCGAUAUAUUAUAAAUAAUUUAAAUUAAACACUAAUUACUGAUCUUUCAAAGACUCGCUAACUUCCAGAGUGUCAUUACAAUAUUUAAAGUAACACAAUAUGGAGUCCAUAACUACAUGUGAGGUCUUUAGAGCCAGGUUAGCCUAACUGACAUACAAAAAAGUUACAGCAUAAAUUGCAUUACUAGAAUCGUAAGGGUAACAGCUCGAGGCACGUCUUUUUCUUUUUCUUUUACUAUCUUUGCAAGCAUCACUUAGGUGCAACGAACUUCUCAGUAAAAGACCAUAUUUAUUUUUCAUAGCACCUGCUUUCACAUAUGUAUUACUAAAAAAUUUUUUUGUAGAUAUGCUCCUCUGGCUCUCAUGGUCUCAUAUAAACUUGCUCAAAAUAUUAACAAGAAAAAAACUACCAUACUAUUUCGAAAUAUGUAAUACAAAAAUUUUGCGCCAAUUGAUAUAUGUACAUUAGACCGAACCACCUUAUCAGUAAACAAAACAAAAUUUCGCCGUACACUCCUGAGUCUAUAGUACACAUUUUGGCAAGAUAACGUCGAAUAAAACUCGUUAUUUUUUUAGGCCGUAUCUUGGGUUACACCUACAUACACUUGGCAAUUUUUUAUUUUAAAGUUCUACUGGAAUAAUUAAAGUACUUCCUUUGCAAAAGUUUAAAGAUUUUUGAAUAGUUUUAAUUUUCUGACACUGGGGUUUUACGUUAGGGUGGUAGGAACUGAGAUGGGGUGGGUAAGUACUAGCACUGGAUACUUGAGGUCAACUCUGGAACAAAAAUUUUAUCCCAGGGAGAAAAGCAUCGACAUACAUACAUAUGAACCAUACUUCAAGAUCUAACUGUAAAUGGCGCAGGUAUGAAGAAAAAUUAGAAAAGGCAACCUCUACCUUCGCCAAAAAAAUCGAUAUCGACGUGGAAUCUAAUAAUCUUAGCAAGAGUUAAAUGAUUUUUAAAUAGUUUUAAUUUACUGACACUAGGGUGAUACGUUAGGGUGGUAGGUAGGUACUGAGAUCUGGUGGAUAAAUUCUUAAAAAAUUUAUUCUCGAGAUAACAUCGAUAUACCAUGCUUUAGGAUCAGACUGUAAAUGCCGAGGAUAUGAAAAAAAUGUAAAAAGACGACCGACAAGCCAUUUUUUUUCUCAUUUGCCUUACAAAAAUACUUAAGACUCAACGGUCUACGCGAACUUGUUUUUUCUGAUUCAGUCUAAUGUACAUAUCUACAACUAAUUUCUUUCAAUAUUUCACUAUAAAGUACUAGAUAUUGUAAUAUCAUAAGUUCCAGCGCCGGUUUUAGUACAGUCAAAUUACGAAAAACGGACGAUUUUGUAACGAAUACUCUAAGGCUGGACGCUUGGAAUGUAAAACUUGAUUUGCGGGACUCGGAGGAUUGUGUAAUCUCCGUUAUCUCGCAAACAAGGGUCGUCAAGGUUUUUUUUUUUUUUCAUUUUAGAGGCACAGCCAUUUUAGGGGCUCAAACAAUUUUAGUUCCCACGCGUGAUAGUGGAUUUCGCUCAACCUCACUGCAUUUAUUUUAUACAGUGGGACAAAGCGUCCACUUCUUGCCUAAAAACAUAUGAUUUUUAAACAUGUUUUUAAAGAUGUAAAACGUCUUUAACGAUAAGUCUUGUCUUAGAUAAAGAAUAAUAACAAAUUUGUUAAAAGCCUUAAGUCCUGGCAGUUAGAGGGUUAAAAUGAUUCACAAAAAUGCCAAGCAUCUAAUUCUACUAGGCUUCACCGAACACGAAAAUUUACGAAUCCAGGAGAAAGAGUAAAUACUUACAAAAUAUAUUUUUUCAUAAAAAAUAAUAAAAUGUUUCCCCAAAAAGAGAAAACUUUAACCGUCUGUAAAAAUAUUUUUGAGAUGCGAUGGAGCGCAGUCUUUCUGAUUUUGACUACCACGUGUUAAUGCUAGAGUUGGUUAACUUUCGUUGAGGUUCAGGAACGUUGACCACUUUGUUUCCCAGAUGUCGGCGACUCUACUGCCCCCUGAGUGCCGUAAAUUAAUUUUUUCAUUACCUGUACUAGCCUCAAAGUAUUCAAAAAGAAAUGAACACUCUAUGUUACAAGUUUUCAGUUUACCAAUUUUCGAAAACUCAACAUUGGCUUAUUUAAUUCGGAUUUAUUAUUUUUCAUUUCGUAUUCGGCCUUCAAAAACAAAAAAAAAAA